AUGGCUACUUGCUUCAUACUAGGCCUUUCAACCCCUCUUAAUACGACGUCGGAUCCCGAGCUGUUGGGCCAAUUGCUGUGUCCAAGGCCCAAGAAAGAAGUUGGAAAUGAUAACUGUGGGAGGAGGAAAAGGGUAGGUUUUGAACCACUCCAAAACGGGGUCGUUUGUUUGCCCAAUGGGUUUGCAAUAUCAGGAGCAGAUUGUAUGGGGACGUUUUGGGGAUUCUCGGGAAUGGAGGGCUGGUCAGGCCACGAAGAGCGAGCUGGUGUGUUAGGGUCAUGUAAUCGGUUAAUUUUAGGGUUCGCUCACCAAAGAAAAGCCUCGGCAAAAUGUCCCUCGCACGAGCUCAGAUGUCCACGCUAUAUUGAACUGAGAUUGACAAAGAUAAGGAUGAAGAUGAGGAUGCUAACCACAAGCGCACGACCAGAGAAAGGAUACCCAGAUGUUGUCACCUACAAUACUCUAAAUUAUGGAUUGUGCCAAUCAGGCAAGUGGGAAAAGGCCAAGAGCUUCUUGAUUUACAUGGUUGAUAGUGGAUUUCCACCAGAUGUAUAUACCUACGCUGUGCUAAUCAGUGCUCUUUGCCGAGAAGAAAGAAUUCAAGAAGCGCUUGCUCUGUUCGAGGACAUGACUGGGAAAGGCAUAAAUCCUAAUGUUUUCAUUUUCAAUUCCUUAGUUUCUGCUUCAUGCAAGUGUUGCAAAUGGGAAAAAUCCGCACAGUUAUUUCAAAACAUGAUUGAUUGUGGAUCCAUGCCUGAUAUUGUAACAUUCACCGCUGAAGGGAAAACGGUAGAGGCACUUAAUCUUGUGGAAGAAAUGACCCGUAGAGGUCAAAUGCCUAAUCUUGUGACUUACAACUCCUUAAUUAAUGGAUUGUGCCAGUCUGGCCAAUGGAGAGAAGACAAAGUUGUUGAAUAA